ACUGCUUUCCCUGUCCCUCCAGGACGGCUGUUCUCAGUGAGGGACCUUGCACGCGCUACUGAGGCGUGACCAUGGGCCUGCUCGCCUACCUGAAGACCCAGUUCGUCCUGCACCUCCUCAUCGGGUUCGUCUUUGUGGUGAGCGGGCUGGUCAUCAACUUCAUCCAGCUAUGCACCCUGGUCCUCUGGCCCCUGAACAAGCAGCUGUACCGCCGGCUCAACUGCCGCCUCGCCUACUCGCUCUGGAGCCAGCUGGUCAUGCUGCUGGAGUGGUGGUCCUGCACGCAGUGCACCCUGUUCACCGACCAGGCCACGGUGGACCGCCUGGGGAAGGAGCACUCGGUCAUCAUACUCAACCACAACUUCGAGAUCGACUUUCUCUGCGGGUGGACCAUGUGUGAGCGCUUCGGUGUGCUGGGCAGCUCCAAAGUCCUGGCCAAGAGGGAGCUGCUGUGCGUGCCCCUCAUCGGCUGGACGUGGUACUUCCUGGAGAUCGUGUUCUGCAAGAGGAAGUGGGAGGAGGACCGGGACACCGUCAUCAAAGGGCUGAGGUGCUUGUCCGACUACCCCGAGCACAUGUGGUUUCUCCUGUACUGUGAGGGCACCCGCUUCACCGAGAAGAAGCACCGGGUCAGCAUGGAGGUGGCCGCCUCCAAGGGGCUGCCCCCCCUCAAGUACCACCUGCUGCCUCGUACCAAGGGCUUCACCACCGCGGUCCAGUGCCUGCGCGGGACAGUCGCAGCCGUCUACGAUGUCACCCUGAAUUUCCGGGGCAACAAGAACCCGUCCUUGCUGGGCAUCCUUUACGGGAAGAGGUACGAGGCGGACAUGUGUCUGAGGAGGUUCCCCCUGGAAGAGAUCCCGCAGGACGAGAAGGAAGCGGCUCAGUGGCUUCACAAACUGUACCAGGAGAAGGACGCCUUGCAGGAGAUGUAUAACCAGAAGGGCGUGUUCCCGGGACAGCCGUUCAGACCUGCCCGGCGGCCGUGGACGCUCCUGAACUUCCUCUUCUGGGCCACGGUCCUGCUGUCGCCUCUGUUCCGCUUCGUCCUGGGCGUCUUCGCAAGUGGCUCCCCCCUCCUGAUCCUGACGUUCCUCAGCUUUGUCGGGGCAGCUUCCUUUGGAGUCCGCCGACUAAUAGGAGUAACUGAGAUAGAAAAAGGCUCCAGCUACGGAAACCAAGAAUUUAAGAAAAAGGAAUAAUGAGUGGCUGUGAUUGAACACGCGUAACCUGACGGUGGUGUCCAGUUAACUCAAUUAAAUGCAGAACAACACACACAGAGGAAAAGAGACACUUAGAAACUAUUUUUCUUAUUAACUGGUGACUAACAUUAACCAAUAAACUUGAGCCAAGAGUAAAGAAGUCGGAAGGCC